AUGUGUAUCUAUGCAACUUCAUUCGCAGAGAUCCUGCUAAAUAUUAUGGGAUCCAAUGGAUUUUUAUUUAGAAAUUGACCCGGUUACCUUGAACCUGAUCAUACUGGUAGCUAGCUAUGUCAUCUUGCUUUUGGUUUUCCUGAUUUCUUGUGUGCUGUAUGACUGCAGAGGAAAAGACCCCAGUAAGGAAUAUGCUCCUGAGAUUCCAACGGAAACCCAGCCUCCGAUCCGGCUCGUGGUGAUGCAGCAAGGAAACCCUAAUGCCCGCUGGGCUAAAGGACUUGUCCCCCCUUAUGAAAAUGCCUCUGGUCCACCAGGGAAAAGGACUACGGUUGUUUAAGAACGCCUUCAAUUGCUUCUGAGUUCUAGUCUAGCGUUGCCUCAUCUGCCAUGUUUACAUCCUGUUUGCACAAGGAUAAUGGAGCAAGGUAAGCCAACAUCGAGGACUUUG